AUGCCUCUCCAGCAAACACCGCGGCUUCUAAGCAUAUGGACGAGUAGACUGCCAAACACAGCCAAAUCAAACACCAACGGCUCUCUCAGCGGCCUCUCUAUGGCUGUGAAGGAUGUCUUCUGGACUACUGAGCUCCCAACAACCGCUGCGUCUAAGAUGCUCCGUGAUUUCCACCCAGAAGAAGACGCUGAGUGCGUCAGUUUGGCUAGAGCUGCUGGCGCUUGCUUGAUCGGCAAGACCAAUUGCGAUGAGUUCGGCAUGGGUUCCUCUAACAGAUUCUCUCACUUUGGUCCUGUUCUACACCCCCUCUCUUCCGAUAGACUCGCUGGUGGCUCCUCUGGCGGUUCUGCCGCUGCUGUUGCUCUCAACCAAUCCUCUUUCGCCCUCUCAACGGACACUGGUGGCUCCACACGCUUGCCCGCCUCUUAUUGCGGAGUUGUCGGCCUCAAACCCUCGUACGGUCUUAUUUCGCGUUAUGGCUUGAUCCCCUAUGCGGAAUCACUCGAUUGCGUUGGAAUAAUGGCUAAAAGCGUGCAUACUGUAAACAGGGUGUUUGAUGUCCUAUCGCAGUAUGACGAAAAGGAUCCCACUUCUGAAUCGACUGAGCUGCGCAAAAGCGCUCGCGAGGCUGCUCAAAGUGUCAGGCAGAGCACCGAUACCUGGAGGAUCGGCCUGCCCGAGGAAUUGUUCACCAGCAAGCCAUCAGAUGCCCUGUCUGAGGUGCUCGAUACCCUAAUAAGGAAGGGUGCGACUGAUGGCAAGCGUGUCGAGCUGUACCAGGUCUCUCUCCCGACAACCACGCUCGCUCUGAACGCCUACUAUGUUAUUGCAAGUGCCGAGGCAUCCAGCUCGCUUGCGAGGUAUGACGGUAUGCGAUAUGGGUACAGGAGCGAAAGUGGUUCGAUACACGACACUCGCGAGGAGGGCUUUGGCGAAGAAGUCAAGCGACGCAUCACAUUAGGCAAUUUGGUCCUCUCUGCUGACUCCUUGGACAACUACUACCUCAAUGCACAGCGCGCACGGACGGAGAUUGUAAACGACUUUAAUGGUCUGUUUAGGAUGCCCAAUGCACGCACUGCAACAGAUGCUGUCCCAGACGGGAUAGAUGUCCUCAUACAUCCUACCGCUGUCUCGGGACCACCUCUCGUCGACUCACACGACGCUGCAGAUUACGCCCAAGACCUCCUCACCACUCCGGCAAGCUUGGCUGGCUUGCCCGCCCUCAAUGUCCCGAUCGGUGUUGACAGCCAAGGCUUCCCGCAGGGUGUGUCGGUUGUCGGUCAGUGGGGCUGUGAGCAGUGUGUGUUUGGGGUAGCUAAGGAACUGGAGACUGCGAAUGCUAGUGUUGGUGGUGUAUAG